CUCUCCGUCGCUCCUGAAGGCACACGCUUUACCCCCCUUGCUUGCCAAUGGCCCCCAAAAAGCCUGAACCCAAGAAGGAGGCACCCAAGCCGGCCCCAGCCCCCGCCCCGGAGCCCGAGGCACCGAAGGAGCCUGAAUUUGACCCCAAAAGCGUCACCAUUGAAUUCAACGCAGACCAGAUUGAAGAGUUCAAGGAGGCCUUCAUGCUGUUUGACAGGACACCCACUGCUGAGAUGAAAAUCUCCUACGCUCAGUGUGGGGAUGUCAUGCGGGCCCUGGGCCAGAACCCCACCAAUGCAGAGGUCAUGAAAGUUCUGGGGAAACCCAAACCUGAGGAGAUGAACACUAAGCUGAUGGACUUCGAGACCUUCCUGCCCAUGUUUCAGCACAUUUCCAAGUCCAAGGACCAGGGUACCACGGAGGACUUUGUGGAGGGGCUUCGCGUCUUUGACAAGGAGGGCAAUGGCACGGUCAUGGGGGCUGAGCUGCGCCACGUACUCGUCACAUUGGGUGAGAAGAUGUUGGAGAAGGAGGUGGAUCAGCUGCUGACGGGACAGGAAGAUGGCAACGGCUGCAUCAACUACGAGGCUUUUGUCAAACACAUCAUGUCCGGCUGAACAAACAGGAUCCUGGAUGGCCCUGAGUUUAUGGCUCCGAUUUGCCCUGUAACUCCUAAGUUUACAUCACCCCUUUAUCAAGGCCCAGCCGGAAGCAACAACAUCCACGUUCCUCUGUCCCUCUGUCCCGCGACACUCCGUAGCGCUCGACGUUCCAUCUGUGUUUCUCACAACUUCCUUCCUUCUUCCU